AGGUCCGGCUCCCCCGCGAGUCGCUCCGCGCGGCGCCCAGCACCCGGGCCCGCGGCGGCCCCGGUGGCCCCCGCCCCCGCCCUGGCUGCGGGGAUUCUGGGAACCGAGGAACCGGGGUCUCGGGUGCUUCCUGCGGAGGACUGCAGACGCGGAGAGCCGCAGGCUCCGCGCGCCAGCCAGAAUGCCCAGGUGGGACCCACACAAGUGACCUCGGCUGUUGAAGCCUCAGUCUAGUCAUUGGAGCGCGACACGAUCUACUUCGCGGGGCUGCUGAGGAUUACAGGAGACAAUGCUUGUAAAGCUCUUGGCUCCAGGGAUCUCUGCCGGCAGGGCCUGGUGGACACAGGAGGGCACCCAGGGUCCCCCGGCACCAUGGUCAGCAUGAAGAGCCCCAUGGCACUGGCCGUCAGUGGGGUGCAGACCCUCCCCCAACAGCACCGCUCCCGGGUGAAGGCCAAAGCGUCGUUUGUGGAUGAGACUCUGUUUGGCAGUCCUGCGGGCGCCAGGCUGGCCCCUCCAGACUUUGACCCACCCUGGGUGGAAAAAGUCAACAGAACCAAAGGCGUGGGCACAGCGGCGUCACGGGUCUCCGGGGCCAGGGGGAGCUGUGAGACCACCUCCUCCAGGGCCGGCACCCCAACCCUCGCACCGAGGAAGAAGAACAAGUACAGACUGAUCAGCCACACUCCAUCUUACUGUGAUGAGUCCCUGUUUGGCUCCCGCCCCAAGGGCACCAGCUGGGAGACCCCGUGGAUGGCAAAAGAGGAUGCUGCAAAACUCCACACCCUCUUCUGGACACCCCCUGCCACCCCUAGGGGCAGCCACUCGCCCCGCCCCAGGGAGACCCCAGUGAGAGCCAUUCACCCCAAUGGUCCCUCUAAGACAGAGCCUGGAGUGGCAGCAGACGCCCGGAAGUUGUCAGUGGGUGAGUUAAACUCUCCACGUCCUCUGAGGAGGGGGCGUUCCCAUUCCCUCACUCACCUGGAUGUUCCCAGCCCUGGUCACCCAUCUCCCAGCGCCCCCCAUGAAAGCAGGCCUUCAGAUCUCAGGCCUUCCUCAUUGGGGGUGACAUUCCGGAACCCCCUGGUGACUCCCAGGCUUCGCCCAGCCAGUGUUUCAGUGCCAGCUACGCCCCGUCCGGGUGGGGCCCCCCAGAAGCCAAGGCCCCCUUGGAAAUGAGUCUCGUGGCCCUUUCUUCAGUCCUUCCCCUCGUGCACUUGGGGUCAUGGUGAGGGGCUUCCGGGGUUGGCUCUGGUGGGCGCCUCUGAGGAGGUGCUGAAGAAACACGGGGGUAGAAUCUGACCAUCUCUGGAUGCUCCCCGCUCCCCCCCGCCCCUGGAGACUUGAGGGCCGCCCCUUGAGAUGCCCAUCUCCAUUCCUUCUUAGCCGCCAGCCGCAUCAGUGCCAACUGGGGGUGCCUGCCCUCCGCAUGCCCCACCCCAUGUCAUGUGCCAGGUGUGACUGGGCCGUGU